AUGAGCCAAGUGCGAACUGAAAGGCAGUUAAAAGCACUCCAAAUAGAUGACAUCAGAAUCACGGACGCGGUGACGGAAGCUGUCGAGCGACAGCCUUCUUGGGCUCUCCUGCAUCAAAUGAUAUGGUGCUGGUCAGAAGAAAAGGAGCUAAGGAAGGGUACAGAGGUAAAAGAACCAUUUCAGGUGGUACGACUCGAAGCUCCACAGAAGAUAGAAUAA